AUGGAUAUGCAGGAGGGGUCAGUAGCUUCUGCUAACAACCCUGAGAAUGCAGCUGACAAUUUCAGCCCGCUGAGCAUGCUUCCCCCAGAAUGCCUCGUGAAUAUCCUCGACCACCUCGACACCGCCGACAACCUGGCUGUCUCAAAUGUCUCCAAAGACCUGCGCAAAUGGGCAAAACCCCUCGUCUUCAGGGACAUUCUCUGGGCAUACACAUCUACGCCUCUCCGACGGGUCCUUCUGCUUCUGGAGCAGAUCUUCCUCAAUCCGCAGUGUGCAGGGUAUGUCAAGCACCUCCAGCUCACUUACACCGGACCGGCCUGGAUCCUGCCCGAUCUGGAUAUUGACUUUCGACAGCAUGCCACGAGAUUUGCCUUUGUUAGCAGGAAAGCUAUCCAGUUCGUGAGCCAGAUCGGGCUUUUCGACACGGUAGGUUACGCGGCGUUGCUAUACCAGGGGGAUUAUUAUGCGUAUGCAGCAGUUCUGAUGUUUCAACUGCAUAACCUGAGAGUGCUCGAGUUGGACUAUACGUACACUCUGGUCGGUGGCUACCCUGGUCUGUUUCUUCAAAUUGCGCUGCGCUCUUCGUUCGAAGGGAUCUCCAGGUUCAACAGGCUGGAGAAGCUCAAAUAUGGCGGCGACGUUCCCCAAGCGGAGAAGCUUGACGAUGAGGCAGAGGAAGCAGUGGCUGCCAUUCCCGUACUCGAGAACACGGAUCAGUUCGCCCCCUGGUUUGCCCUGCCUAAGCUGAAACACGUGGAGAUGUGGCUUAGAAGUACGUUUGAGCUCGAUAAAUACAAGGAUCAGCUGGCGGGUAGAGAGCUCGAAAGCCUCGUUCUGGCCAGGUCAAGCGUCGACGCUGCCGAUAUCAAGGAGAUUCUCAGCGCCUGCCCGAAGCUCAGGAAGUUGCACCUGGGAGUCUCCUACAACUUGGUCUCGAAGUUGGCACUCCUUGACAGCAAGGAACUAGCCGACGCAUUGAAGCCGCUGAAGGAUCGCCUGGAGACAUUAUCCAUCGGUCUCGAUACUGACCCAAGCUUCGUUGGCGGAUUCUCCUGGGAGCAGGACAAUACCUUCGGCAGUACGCUCACGGAUCCAUUCCUGAUGCUGUUCAGCGAGUUCACGAAGCUUCAAGAGCUCGAAGUCCCAAUGCCGCUUCUCCUGGGAUGGUUCUCAAACGAGAACUGGGCGGAUUUCCACAAGUACCUGCCCCCAAAGCUACGGCACUUAGUCAUGCGCAACGAUCUCUCUGGGUUUGACAACUACACGUGGGACCCGUACGGGAUGGUAUUUGCGGUCGACCAGCGGAUUGUCGAGACGAAGAAACGCAUUCCUAGCCUGGAACGAGUGACGCUUCGUGUCUGGGCUACGAAUCCUCGUCGGCCAAACGAGGACUUCCUGGCUGAAGCGGCGGAUAUGGCUCAGUCGGUUGGGGUGCAGUGUGACUUGGUCGUCGACGAGCUCGGCUCGGGGCUUUGGGUUGCCCGGGCAUCCUGA